AGCUCUUUAGACUAGUAAGAAAAGCCAGACAUUAGCUAUAGACGUACAAGACGCCUUCACCCUCAGACACACACACACUCACACACACACCCAUACACAAUUACACACUGCCACUCCCACUCCAAGCAACAGCCCACUGUGGACCGGGACAUGAGCUGAAAUUCCACACACACACACAAACUUACACACACACACACACACACACACAUACAUACACACACAGACAUCUUUAGGUUUGUCGUACAGGUUCCUACCAGUUCACACCACAGCUCCCAUCGCUAUACGCACCAGGCUGAGACGGAGACCACUACCACGGAGGAGACGAUGUCAUCUUAGCGGACACACGUUUCUGGGGGAUUCCAUUCCAGGUUUUUUGGGAGUUCAGUGAUCCUCAUUCUGUACUUGUGAACAGAAGCUCCGACCAGAGUUGAAUGCACCUUGACCAGCAACCAAUCAUUUGGAAUCAUUCGGACUGGGCCCUUCCUCCCUCUGCGGACCACUGUAAGACGUCUUCCACCAUGCUGACUGAGCCGUGCGGGGCCAUGGGGGCUAUGGGGGCCGACCUCAGGGACUUGGCCCUCUUGCCCCAGGGCCCUCCUCCACCCAUGCAGCCCAUACCGGGUGCCGGCGGAGGCUGCGGGGUGUCUGUCGGGGGCGGCCAGUGGACGCAGCUUCUGGACCUCCAUCCUGGGUCUCCGUACGGCUCCCUGCCCCCCCACCACUCCCUCAUUAAGCAGGAGCCGGGCUGGGGCAGUCCGGACCCCCUGGAGGACCCCCACUGUGGCCUGGGGGCCUUCACGGUGCACUUCUCCGGACAGUUCACCGGAGCGGGCCCCUGUCGGGUGGGGCCGUUUGGGGAGCCAGCCACGGGCCAAGCCAGGGUGUUUCCUAACGGAGCCUACCUGCCAAACUGUCUGGACAACCCUCCAGCUCCCAGGAACCAGGGCUAUGGAGGAGUGGGGCUGGACGGACCCCCUAGUUACGGACACACUGCGUCCCAUCACAGUCCCCAGUUCUCCGGCCUCUCCUUCAAACAUGAGGACCCGUUCCCCCCCCAGAGCAACAUGGAUCAGCAGUACCCGGCACCCCCUCCCAUGUUUGGCUGUCACAACCCGGCCGAGAGCUGUCCCAACAACCCGCUGCUACUGAGGAACUACAACAGUGACAACCUGUACCAAAUGGCGUGGAACCCAAUGAACACUCUGGCGUCUACCAUGAAAAGCCACGCCCCCAGCUACGAGAACGACCCCCCCGCACCCACCCCGCCCGUGGUCCUGAGCUGCAGCGCCCAGUACCACAUACACACACACGGGGUCUUCCGGGGCCUGCAGGACGUCCGAAGGGUGCCUGGCAUCGCGGCCCCGGUGGCCCGCUCGGUGGACGCCACCAAACGCCCGUUUGUGUGUCCCUACCCCGGCUGCACCAAGCGCUACUUCAAGCUGUCCCACCUGCAGAUGCAUGGCCGCAAACACACAGGGGAGAAGCCGUACCAGUGUGACUUCACAGACUGCGGCCGAAGAUUCUCUCGCUCAGACCAGUUGAAGAGACACCAGCGCCGACACACAGGAGUGAAGCCUUUUCAGUGUGCGACGUGUGAGAGAAAGUUUUCACGGUCAGACCAUCUUAAGACGCACACUCGGACUCAUACAGGUAAAACAAGUGAGAAGCCUUUCCUCUGCUGCUGGAUCAACUGUCAGAAGAAAUUUGCCCGCUCUGACGAGCUGGUGAGGCACCAGCGGUUACACGAGAAGGGUCUGAGCAAGCUUCACUCGUCUGCCAUCUAAACACAGAGAGAGAGAGGGAGAGGGAGAGAGAGAGAGAGAGAGAGAGAGAGAGAGAGAGAGAGAGAGAGAGAGAGAGA